AUGGAGGAGUGGAGGCAGUGCGGGCGGUGGUUGAUAGACUGCAAGGUCCUUCCCCCGAACCACCGGGUCGUGUGGCCCUCCUCGGCCGUGUUCGACUUGGCCCAGGCUCUGAGGGACGGGGUUCUUCUGUGCCAGAUGUUGCACAACCUCUCCCCUGGAUCCGUGGAUCUGAAGGAGAUCAACUUUAGACCCCAGAUGUCACAGUUUCUGUGUCUCAAGAACAUCCGGACGUUUCUUAAGGUGUGUCAUGACAAGUUUGGCUUGCGGAACUGUGAACUAUUUGACCCAUUUGACCUUUUCGACGUGAGAGACUUCGGCAAGGUCAUCUCUGCUCUGUCCAGGAUCUCCCACCACAGCAUUGCACAAAUCAAAGGCAUCAGGCCUUUCCCAUCUGAGGACACAGCUCUGAAUGAAGAUGAUGUGUACCGGAGCCUGGAGGAGUUGGCUGACGAGCAUGACUUGGGCGAGGACGACAUCUACGACUGCGUGCCGUGCGAUGACGAUGGCGACGACAUCUAUGAGGACAUCAUUAAGGUGGAAGUACGACAACCCAUGAAAAUGGGUAUGACGGAAGACGACAAGAGAAACUGCUGCUUAGUCGAGAUCCAGCAGACCGAAGCGAAGUACUACAAGACUUUGGAGGACAUUGAGAAGAAUUACAUGAUCCCAUUGAAGCAAGUCUUCAGCCCACAAGAAAUGGAGGCUAUUUUUGUCAACUUUGAGGAUAUAAUCAGAGUUCACUUCGCCCUUCUGCGAGCCAUCGACCUAAACAUGGUCAGUGGAGGAAGCGGCCUUGGGAAAAUAUUUCUCGACUUUAAGGAAAGGUUGUUGAUAUAUGGUCAGUACUGCAGCCACAUGGAGAACGCCCAGAAAACACUGGAUGAGCUAACAGCUACACGAGAGGACGUCAAGAUUAAAGUUGAGGAAUGCACCAUGAAAGUGCAGGAAGGGAAGUUCAAGCUGCAGGAUCUUCUGGUGGUUCCCAUGCAGAGGGUGCUGAAGUAUCACCUACUACUGAAGGAGCUUUUAAGUCACUCAACAGACCGACCUGAGAGGCAACAGCUCAAAGAAGCUUUGGAGGCCAUGCAGGACCUGGCCAUGUACAUCAAUGAGGUCAAGAGGGACAACGAGACGCUGAAAAAAAUCAGUGAAUUCCAAAGUUCGAUAGAAAAUCUUCAGCCGGUGAAACUGGAGGAAUUUGGCCGACCAAAGAUUGACGGAGAGCUCAAGGUGUGCUCCAUUGUCAACAGAACAAAACAAGACCGGUAUAUUUUCCUGUUUGAUAAAGUGGUCAUUGUGUGCAAGAGGAGAGGCUAUAGCUACGAGCUAAAAGAGAUUAUCGAACUGCAAUCGUAUAAAAUGUCAGAUGACCUCAUGAACAACAGAGACAUGAAAAAGUGGUCUUAUGGUUUUUACCUGAUCCAUCUGCAAGGGAAGCAAGGCUACCAGUUCUUUUGUAAAACUGAGGAAACAAAGAGGAAGUGGAUGGAGCAGUUUGAAAUGGCCAUGUCCAACAUCAAGCCAGAGAGAGCGACCGCCAACCAGCACAACUUCCAGAUGCACACGUUUGAAAAGAACACCAACUGUCGAGCCUGCAAGAUGCUCUUAAGGGGUAUUUUCUAUCAGGGCUACUACUGCUCUCGCUGUGGGACAGGAGCUCACAAAGAGUGUCUGGAAGUGAUCACCAUCUGUAAAAUCAAUCCACUGGAUCUGGAGCCUGGAUUGUCACCCGGACCAAAGAUGGUGGCGGUGAGGAACUACCACGGCACACAAAUACCUCCAGGAAAGACGCCUCUCUGUUUCCAAACGGGAGACGUUAUCGAGCUGCUAAAGGGAGAUCCAGACUCCCCGUGGUGGGAGGGGAAGCUGAUCCAGACACAAAAGAGUGGCUUCUUCCCCAGCUCGUGUGUAAAGCCUUGCUUGGACCCAAAGCCCUUCCAGUCAUUGACCAGCCGGCAGUCCUCACGGGAGUCAGACUACUUUGGAUAUCCUUGGUUUGCAGGCAACAUGGAGCGCCAGCAGGCGGACAACCUUUUAAAGUCCCACUGCAGCGGGACGUACCUUAUCAGGGAGAGGACAGCCGAGGCGGAGAGGUUCGCCAUCAGCAUCAAAUUUAAUGAGGAGGUAAAACACAUAAAAGUCACAGAAAAGGACAACUGGAUUCACAUCACCGAAGCAAAGAAGUUUGAGAGUCUUCUGGAGCUGGUGGAGUACUAUCAGUCCCAUUCGCUGAAGGAAAGCUUCAAGCUGCUAGAUACCACGUUAAGGUAUCCCUACAAGACGAGAGAACGUUUGCUAAGUCGGACGAGUACGCGCUCACCAGUGUUUACUCCUCGGGUGGUCAGCACCGCAGUGGCCCGGUAUAACUUCGCAGCACGGGACAUGAGAGAGCUGUCCUUGCGAGAAGGAGACAUCGUCAAAAUCUACAGCAAGAUUGGCGGAGACCAGGGCUGGUGGAAAGGAGAGGCCAACGGGAGAAUUGGAUGGUUUCCCUCAACCUACGUGGAUGAAGAAGGAGCACAGUGA